GCCUGUGCGUUUCUUUUCCUUUAAGAUGCGUACAUUGUGGCGGUAAAUGUGGUUCUAUAACCCGUCUGCAUAUAUGCAUUAUCCGUUUAUAAUACCUGCAAAAUAAUUUUUAACAGUCCGUGGUUAUUUGGAGCGACUGCACGAAACGUUUUUUUUGUUCAGUUUAUCGCGGCUUAAGCACCGUUUUAUUUACAAAAUUUAAGUCGGCCGAAACUGUAGUGGGCGGGGGGCAAAGAGAACGGCCUAGAAGUAGUAUACGGUGGAGAAAGAAAGGGGAGGGGGUGUUCAACGAAAAUACUUUCCCUUUAAAAACGAGUGGGACAUAACGGUGAGGAGAAAUAGAGGAGGGGGGAGAAAAACAAGAAAUUAAAAAAAGAAAAGGAAGAAAGAGAAAGGGAGGGAGAGAGAGAUAGAAAAAAAAAGAAAGAUGUCAUCUUCUCAAUUUAACACCCGGUGUGGAACGACGAACUGCGGCCGGGCGGGAGCGCUCUAGCUGAGGCCAGGACUGAACGCAAUACCGAGGCUUCGACCCGCCUUGGCCUAUUAAGGAAAACAAAAUAAAAACAAUAUUAACUAUUGUUCUGUGAUACGCUUUAGAACCAGUACUUACCAUAGCGUUGAAAUAAUGUCUUCAAAUAUAUUUUGCUAGCAUUUCAUUAUUAAUAGCUAAUCAGAUUUUUCUUUUUUUGCAUGAUUAGCUCGCUAGCUAACAAUUACUGUUAUUUCGAGUGUAUCGAAAUGAGCUUUCAAAGUCUACAAUUACCUAAUAUUACAGUGUUAACGAGGUAGUGUUUACGGGGAUUCUGUGCGUUUCAAUCAGUAAAUAAGCUAGCUAGCCACCAGGCUAAGAGUUCAAACCAAAACGUAGAAGCUAACUAGAUUGUGUCAACAUCUAGCUAGCCAGCUGGUUAGUUAUUGAUAGCUUUCUGUUUAAAAUGAUUGCAUAUGAUUAGCUAGUCAGCGCAAUAGCUAAUACAUGCAAACAGUGAACUAGGUGCAUUUCGAUGAAAGCAGAAUUUAUAACAAAUUGUGUUGCAUGUAAAUUAAGAGUAGCAGCUAUAGAGCUACUGCUAUAAGCUAGCAAGCUAGGUCAUUUUGAACAGGGCGAUUAUCAUCAAUCUCGAUUUCAAUAAGACGUAACCGAUCUGUCAGGUAUAUAGUAUUAGGUAGUUAUAGGAUAAGUAGGUUAUAUCGACUUUGUUGAUAUUGUUCAUUGUAUAAAUACUUCUAUUUGGACGAUUAUUCUCUUCAUCGUGGUUCAAAAUGGAUGCUGCUUGGAGUAAUUUUCUGUUUCAGAAUACACCCACUCAAACCCAAGUGGAAGCAACUCUCCAAUCAGACCUCCUCCCAGUCCUCACAGGCUCUGCCCAGAAUCCACCCACAGAGCACAUAGCUCCACCUCCUUCCACAGUGGACACUGCUGCUCUGAAUGAAGAACCUUUACCUGUAAAACCAGCGUCUCGCCCAGCUAGAGCUGCUCAUAUCUGCCCCCUGUGUAACAAGCAGUUCAAGAACAGCUACAACCUGCGCCGCCACCAGUCAGUCCACACAGGAGUCCGCAUGAAGGACAGAGCUGCCAGAGACAGGGAGGCGGGAAUGAAGGAUGGAGCGGCAGCAGCAGUCGGACGAGUGGAGAGACAGACUGUACCUCUCUCCUUACUCCAUCUCUCUGUCCCCCAACCUCUUCCCCCUCCCGCCAUGUCAGUUCCUCAUGCACCUACUCUCGGAAAUCAAGAAGGCGACGUGGUUGCCAUGUCAGUCACCGCAGCUAGUGUUGCCAUGGCUGGCCCUCCUCCUCCUGCUGUAGUGGUUGCUGGGGCAACAGUACAGCAGCGUGCGGCUAACCCGAGCCCAAACCCAGUGCGCAAGAACCACGCGUGUGAAGCCUGCGGGAAGGCCUUUCGGGACGUUUACCACCUGAACAGACACCGGCUGUCCCACUCAGAUGAGAAGCCUUACUCCUGCCCCAUCUGCCAGCAGCGUUUUAAGCGGAAGGACCGCAUGAGCUACCACGUGCGCUCCCACCAGGGUGGCGUAGAGAAGCCCUACGUCUGUCCCCACUGUGCCAAGGGCUUCUCACGGCCUGAUCAUCUGAACAGUCAUGUAAGACAGGUCCAUUCAAAAGAGAGACCCUUCAAAUGUGAGACAUGCGAAUCUGCCUUUGCUACACGCGACCGGCUCAGAGCUCACAUGAUCCGCCAUGAAGAGAAGGUGCCAUGUCACAUCUGUGGCAAGCUGCUGUCUGCCGCAUACAUCACUGAUCACAUGAGGGUGCACAACCAAUCACAGCACCACGCCUGCCACCUCUGCAACCGCAGCUUCACUACUCUUACGUACCUGCGUGUCCAUGCACAGAAGCACCACGGUCAGGAGUGGAAGGAGAGUGCGGGUCAGAGAGGGGGAUUUGGGGGAACCGGGCCGGGAGGUGUCCUGUUGUGUCAACUCUGUGGGGUGCAUUGCAAGACCCCCACCCAACUGCAAGGCCACAUGGGCACUCACACCAGCCCUCACACCACCCCCAGCCCCAUCGCCACCACCACGGUAUCCAGCAGCUCCAUUUCCCUGGGCAACAUGGUUUCUGGCCCCAGUGUGUUCGUCAGUGGGAACACAGGGGUGGGGCUGCUGGUUUCUGAUUGUUCUGGCAUUGCCCCCCAGUCCCACAGCUAGCAGGAAGGACUAAGGGGAUAGGGAAGAGAGAGCCGGUGGGCGAGAGAGACCAUGGGCCACAGUCAAGGUGAGGGAGGGCAUGUCCUUUCUCUGCUUUUCCAUCUGUUUUAUGUCAGUUUGUGUCUGUAUGAAUUUCUGUCUACCCCCUCUUUUUCUCUCUUCACCCUGUUUAGAGAAACUAUUGUCUACCCAAGUGUGUACGUGCUAUUACCUCUCUCACUCUCUGUCAGUGUUACUGUACUGAUGUGUCCUGUAAGUUUGUGUGAAUCAUACUAACCAGUUCUCUCAUUCUGUCCUCAGUUUGUUGAUGUCCUUCACUUCGAUCACUCAGCCAGCUGUAGAGGGUAGGGUGUUCAGAGGAUCCAACAUGGAAUCCUAUUUGCUGUACCCUACCCCCCUCAGCCAACCUCUUGCAGAAAAAGAAAAGGCAGGAAUUUGAAGACUCAGAAAGUAGAAAAUCAUUUGAACUCAGUCACUGACCAUGAAAUACAGUAGCUAACUUGGUUAUGGAAAUGGAAGAAACAAACAAUAUGCUGUUAUAUGGAAUAAAAUCACACUACUAGAAUGGUGUGUUAGAAAGGGACUUGAUCCUUCUGGAGAGGUACCUGCGUAGUUUUGUUCAACAGCAAAACUACGUAUUGCAAUGCUAUAUACUGUAUGCAGGUAUACCCCGUAUUCCAAUUAGUAUGCAUUCCAGUGGGUAGAACCACUAACCGAAACAGAGCAUAAGGGCAUAAUUUUAACUUUGGUGAUGUGUUCCCUGCAGAAUUGUGGCAUAUCGGUGAACGAUGAAUCAAAAAAAUUUACAAAUCGUCAUAGAAGCGUAUAAAUGCGGGAACACAUUAAAUUAUGUAAACACAGUAAUUAGAAUUCUUUAAAACUUGGGAGUAAAAAAAAAAACAGCCAAUCUAUAUUCAGAAUCUGCAAUAAAGCGUUUAAGUUUUCCAAAACCUUCACUUGUUCUUGCUCACUCACUUGCUGACUGUCCCCCAGCCUCUCAGACUCAAGCUUCUGCAGGAUAAAAUGAAAGUAGGCGUUCCCUGGAAAUGUUAUGUUUCCCAAACACAUCUUACAGCAGCAAUCAGUGGAUGCUGGUUGACAAAGCCAAACCGUGACUAGGGAUUUGCAUUUGUCUCAGACUGGCUUAUUGCUUAGUGGGAGCCAAUUCUGGUUAUCUGUGAAAGCAGUGAAUAGAGGGUAUGCACAUGACGUCACAGUAAGUGGAAGUCACUUAGUGGCAGAAAGACUAUCAGUGGCAGCAUUAGCGUUCAGCUUGAAUGCCGUGAAAACACAAAAAACACACCUAAAAUGGGAAAGAGCUGUUGUGCGAUUGACUGUACAAAUAGAUUCAACAAGAUAUCCGAGCUAUCUUUUUACAGACUGCCGAAAGCUAAAGAAAACAAGCAAAUGGAUUGCUGCAAUUCGCAGAAACAACUGGAAUCCAGGCACCGAAACGUGGAUUUACGGUUGUCAUUUUGUGUCAGGUAGCUAUGUUGGAUUUUUGGGUAAAAUCAUGCCUUAAGUUAUGUAGGCUACUGUAUUGACUACUCAUCAAUUAAAUAUUUAGGAUCUUUCAUUUAUAUUCUGUGUAACUGUAAAGUUUUUGUCAGCAUUUAUUAAAAAACACCCAUGAUGAGCCUUGUGUUCUACAAACAAAGGGGGGAUGGUUAGAUAGUGUUAGCUAGCCAAGCGUAUAAAUUAUUAAGGUAUGAUUUUACCCAAAAAUCCAACAUACCUGACACAAAAUAACAACCGCAAAUCCACGUUUUGGUGCCUGGAUUCAAGCUGUUUCUGCGAAUAGCAGCGAUGCAUUUGCUUCUCUUUUCUUUAGCUUUCGGCAGUCUGUAAAAAGAUAGCUCCGAUUUCUUGUUGAAUGUCCAUGGACCACUGGUUCUUUAGUAAGUUGUAAGGAUCACUGUCCAACUGCCUUUAAUUUAAGCAGAUAAUCAUUUGUUUUACUCCUGGUUUUGCAGUUUCCUCUACUAAAGACAGCCAUGUGGCAGCAUGUUUUGCCACUCAGUCCCGACUGAGGGGGCGUAUUCCGGUGGGAAAGUGACGUCAAUGCAUACCCUCUAUUGGUAGGGCCUUAUAUUUAGUCCAAAAUUAAUGAAUAGUGUAUUGAAUAAAAUAACUGUGCUCCAUAGUGGACUUGUGAUCCACCUCAGUGAAGGCUAAUGGACUAUUAGUGUUGUAUAUCCUUCAAAACAUUCUUAAAACUGUAAAUGUAAAAUUAAACCGUUAUUACCUAUUAAAAGCAGACGCUUGAGGUGCAUUUUUGAAAUCAUGUUUACAUUUUCAGCACAUCUAUGGCAGAAAUGUCAAAUCUUACCUGAAAAGAGCCGAUGUGGGUGCAGGUUUUUGUUUUAGUCCAGCACUAAGACACUUUUUCAUCCCUCAUUCCAUUCACUCUCCAACACCUUUCUCAAAACUAUCCAUUGUAUUUCCCCUCUCUGCUUAUUUUUCUCCCUCCUCCGGGUCUCCAACGCUACUGCCAUUGGCCUUCGUACUUAUCAUAUUCAGCCCAUCCCCCUGAAACCUGGAGUCUUGUGAGAAUGUCCUGUAGUGUUGCCCCUCCUCUAUACCAGCUGUAUCCUAUUGCAGCCCCCAUCAGCUACGAUUCAUCAAUGUAGGGAACAUAAAGGUCUAAUCAUAAAUUCUGUCCCUGUAGACUCCUUCCAGAUCUCUUUCCAUAUAUGCUGCCACAUGCUGCCAGCCAUCCAAGCAGCCCAGGCACACAUCCUCUUUUCUCUGCUGCCACCACAGCGUACGCCAUUUUUUCGCUCUGUGUUUUCAGUUCGCUCCACUUUUCAGUUCAGUAAUUUUUUAGCCCAACCUUCCUAUCAAAUCAUACCUGGUAUUUUUUUUUUUUUGUGUGUGGACCACCUUCCGCCAGACUAAUUUACUGCUGCACCUUGCGCCGCCUCAUUUCUUGGCUGUGGAAAGUCAUUACAGCUCACUUUAAACUCGGGGCCACUGUGGGAGGCAGGAAAAGCAUUGUUGACUUGAUGCAGAGCCCCACAGAUGUAGGACUCCAGUCUCUCUGCCGCAGUUAUAGGCAUAUCCCACUGUAACACCAGGACCCUAUAAUUGAUUAAUCUGUAUCUACAGGUUCAAUUUUAACCCACUUUUGUCAAUACAUUACUGUACAUCUCUCCCUUUGCCUUCUGCAACAUCUCUCACUGUUCUGUCUUUCUGGUCUGCGUAAUGCCAUGUAUCCAGACACUUAAGUGGCACUUAACCCCAGUUCUCUUUUAUGUUACCUCAAUAUACGAUUCUUUCCAUUGAAUCAAACUUCCACUUCUACUGUGCUUUUACUUUUUACUGUGCUUAUCCAUGUCCAUAUCCUAGACACACUCCAGCACCAUCCUUUGCCUUGGGUGACAUCGCUCCUUCCUCAGUUUCCUUCUGCUCUGCUGGUCACCCUUCUUUUCCUACAGUACCUUCCUCUCCCUGGUACACCCCUUUUCUAACAUGUGAAUGGUCUUCCUGAACCUUAUGAGGCAGCUUUUUUUUUCUUUUUGCUUUCUGGCCUGUUUUUUGCACCAUCAAGGUAUCUCUCCCCUUUGUUGCAUCUGUUGAUUCAAACCUUAUUUCUGUGCCAUGUCCCUAACCCUUCUUCCUUUAAGCUGCUUCUGACAUCCCCUUUGUGUAUCCUGUGUUUUCCUCCGAGUCUAAUGUAUUGCUUGAAAAUCAGUCCAAUUGGUGUGAUCUUUCAUCCCACCUUUGCUGGAGAGACACAUUAGACUGCUUACGGUGUGCUUCCCUGUGCAUGGCUUCCACACCCGUGACUUUCUGGAGACCUCCAGGUUUUUGUGGUUGGCACCAUGUCUUCCCACAGUGCCUCUGGCUUAUAUCAGAUGUUAGUAGAAACCACUAGGAUCAUGUGGAGUCUGGAUUUGCUCCUUUAUUCCAACUUUGCUUUGUCUCUGAGUACCACAUGUUGCUUCAGCACAUACCAUUUGUUUUGGCAAAACAACAUUCUUGAGGUGUGACGCACCAGAGGUUUUCAUUUCACUUCUUAAUAUUUUUCAUUUUAGCAAUAAAAAACUAGGUCCAUAGCCCUUGCACGUGUAAACUGAGCUGGUGGCUGUCAGCAAGCGGUGAGCGUUGUGAGUGAAAUCUCAAUCUUUGGAUUAUGGAUUUUCUUCAUUUUUAAAAUGUAUUUAUUAGUGUUUUUUCCCUCAAGGAAACAUAAGAAAGAAGCAUUGUAUGGGGAAGCACUGAAUGGGGUAUAUCUGUAUGUAUAUAUACUCUGAAAGGCAUUAUUAAUGAAACAAAUAAAUGUGACUCUAGCAGGUUGUUGCCAAGACAAUAUAUCUUAUUUCUCUAUUAGGCAGAUACAGUAAUAAAGGAAACAUUACAUGCAAAUGUGAAAUAAUGAGAGGUUUGUAUGUAUCCUUUUGGAUGUCAUAACCAUGUCAUAUGUGAAUUUAUUUUCUUGCCAGAAUAGCUUGACAUAUGUAUGACUGGGCCCUGUCACAUAAAAAUGGUGCGCACACAUAUGUGGAACGUAAGGUGUAAUGUGGCUGGUGGGCAUACUAUUACAUGGGUAUACUAUUGCAACCCAUGCUAUCACACAUCCACCUGAGAAUCGGUCAACUUGCACAACACAGCUUGACUGGUACCUUUUCCUGUCUCUUUGGGGCUGACAUUGACUUAUCUCUGAACCCAGUAUUGUGCCAAUAUGUGGUCAGUUUGUACUGCAGUGUCCAGGCCCCUGCUGUGUUGUCCUACGCCAGACAGCAUAGGCGCGAUUCCGUACCUUUACCCCAGAGCUGCAGUCUUGCUGUUUGUGAGCUGGUAUUAUCCAGUUGUCUUUGUGAUUGCACAAUAUGUGGAUUUUGGAGAUGCCUUGGCUGGAAAUUGUACAGGUAGUGGUCGCGCUAACCCCUGGACUGCUGCAACUUUGGAACGCAAGAUAGAUUUCCAAAUCUGCAUUUAAAAAAAAAUAAAAUAAAAUUGCCCCACAGGUUAAUAAUAUUUUUUAAAAACCAGAGAAGCGAAAUCUGUUUUAAUUCACUCAUGCUGAGCAGGCUACCUAGAGUGUGACAUCUCAGUUGACUUUUCAUUAAAAAUUAUGCACUUUCUCUUUGAAUCUCGCAAUGCUUCCAACAGUUGUGUAAAUAUUAUGAUCAAUAAACCACACAAAUGUCAGUCACUGAAAGCUGAUUGGCUCAAAGAAACAAUUUGUUUUGUUGUGGUUCAAGUCUGGGUCAUCAGCCCUUGUUAUCUUAAAAAAAAAAAAAAAAAAACUUAAAAAAAGUCUGUCUGCGUUUUUAAAAUACUGCGUGUUUUUCCCUGCAUUUUGGCUUUUGCAGAGUCCUGCGUAAACGCAACCACUGACAGGGAUUGCGAUGCAUGGCUAUCCUGGCUAUUGUCAUUGACUCAUAGGUCCCAUUUCAAAGUAUCGAUACUGGCAUAAUAUUGUUGACCCGUCAAAGGAUCAGGCAACUGGUCUUUGUCAUUUUUAUCCUCAGCAUGCAUAUUUCCACCAUGUAAAUCAUUGUACCACAUAAAAGGACACCAGAUGUUUAGCAUACAAUGAGUUUUUUUUUACACUAUUUCUUGAAUAUAAGGAGCCAAAAGAGGAAAUAAGGGCCAAAUUAAUUUGUUGCAUCGACAAUGCCUUUCAGUUUGUCUGUUUGUGUGUGUGUGUGUUGUUGUUUUUUUUUUAAUGUAGCAAAGAUUUUGCAGUUGUUUUAAAUUUGACUGGAAGGCUGAAGGGUGUAUUGGUCAAAUGUAAGCAGAAUGUUACUGCUGAACCCUGAAGGAGGUACUGUACUUGUUAACUUGCUACAACCCAGCUAAUAUUUUCCCAACAAAAUACAUUUUUAUGAAUAUAUCAAUAAGUGUGUUCUUGUUUGAUCUGAAUUAGGUCAGUGUUACAGUGUUAAGUAUGGAUUGUUGUUUAUCUGAAUGAACUCUGUCAUUUAGUCAGUUCAGUAAAGUAAAAAUAAUUUUAAAAAAGAGUGGGCUAACAAGGUGACCAGAAGGGAAUGUUCGUGCCAUGCUGUUAUCAGAUCAAACUAUGAAAUACCUCUCCUUUAGGAGCCUCUCCACCUCUGAAAACACAUCUUAAUGCCUUACUGUAAUACAUAUAUAAUAUUUUACUCUGAACUAUUUUACACUGUAGGUUAUGGGUUAUUUGACAAUAUUAAUAGGAUGCAUAUAUAUUUAUAUUUGUAUAUUUCUCAACAGUAUGUAUCUAGAAACACUUAGAUUGAAAAAGGUAUUGUUUUAAUGCUUCCUAAGACCAUGAUUAUAAUGAUGUUAUUUUGUAAUUUUGACAAGGUUGAAAUGAGCUGAUAACUAAACAUUCUAAUGUUGUGAAUACCUCUGUGUGAGAUGGUAUGACUGAGGGAGAGUGACCAUAAUUGUCGGUCUGUCUUCAAGCUUAUUUUUCACUGCCCCAGUGCUUGUGUUGCUGUAAUACAAUGCUCCAUUAAUUCCUGUACAGACACACUGCAUCAAUAAGAAUGACAUUUACUUAAA